AUGACGAUCAAGCAGGAAGCCCAAGUGGUGCUAGCGGACCCUGCUCUGCUUGAAAAAAUUGACAAAUUGUUCGCUUGCAAUGUGGGAGAACACAUCAAUUUACCGCAAUUGGUCGUUGUCGGAGAUCAAUCCACCGGAAAGAGCUCCGUCUUAGAGGGCCUGACAAAAUUAAAUCAGGCUGCUUGA